AUGCUUCUAGAGCUUAUAUCCUACAUUGGAGCCGUGAUCGGCUUUGUGUUUCUCGUGCUAGCCAUUGCGCUGGGGCUCUACUACGUCCUGGAGAUUGUGGAAGAACACACUGAGCCCACCAAACGCAUAUUGCGCAAGAUGAUUUACGCGAUCAUGGGGAUAUUCGUGGCGUUGGUGAUCAUCGACCGCUUUCCCUUCUGGUUGUCAUUAUUCAGCAUCGUUUCAUAUUUCGUUUACCUCCAGAAUCUCAACCGGUUCCCCUACGUUGAGCUUACGUCGCCAAUCUUCUUGGGACUGUGCGCAUUGGUUGUGCUCAACCACUUCUUCUGGUUCAACUACUUCCACAACCCGCGGAUCCCGUCGCUCGACGAGCGUCUCAAGCCCGACUACGAGCCGCCUCACGUGCCCAGUUUCCUCGAAGUGUGCUCAUUUUUCGGGUUGUUGGUGUGGUUGAUUCCGUUCGCUCUCUUUGUAAGUUUGAGUGCCCACGAAAACCUCAUCCCCCACCACAACGACAACCCUCAAGCAAAGAAACAAACGCAAGGUCUCGCCAAGGUCCUCAUCACCAAGACGAAGAACGGCGUGUUCACCGUCGCCAGACAAAUGGGAUGGGAAUUAGAUCCCAACUACGGCCGCUUGGUGUAA